UCCCUAAGCUAUACAAUUACGGAUGCUCUCUGAAUCCUAUUAUUAUGGAGUUAAAUAGUAUUUGAAGUUGACGUUUGUAACAGUCUUAUUAACAUUACCUAUGUGGUAAUUAUUUUAAAAAAUACCAACUAAUUCAAGUAUUUUUAUACUCGCAAAUAAAGUGGCUUUUCUAUGUUUAACAAAUACCGCUGAAAAAGUAUAUACUUAAACGUGUUAUAUAAAUAGUGGGUUUAUUUUAUUUAUUCAUUUUAAAGUGUCCAAGCUCACAGAUUUCAUACGCCACUUUUAUAUAAGGAUAAUGAAUAACCGUUUGCUUGCAUUAUGGAUACUGCUGGGAGUAGUUUGUGCGGGAGGUAUAAGCGCUGUUUUGGCAUUCACCCUUACACGAAAUGGAAGCACUAACAUCGACUACGACGCUGACUUCUGCAAGCCGCUCGUCAUUGCACACCGAGGCGCCAGCGGAUACAUCCCAGAACACACCCUCGGCGCCUACGCACUCGCUAUAACAAUGGGAUCUGAUUACAUAGAGCCAGACGUAGUUAUGACACGAGAUGGACAAAUAAUCGCAAGACAUGACAACGAACUUGGACUGACCACCGACGUCGCCGACCACCCAGAGUUUGCAUCAAGAUAUCGCACACAAACUGUUGAUGGCCAAACAGUCAGUGGUUGGUUCACUGAAGACUUUACUCUUGCUGAAAUAAAAACAUUACGGGCUAUAGAACGUAUACCCAAUAUAAGAGCUGGCAACGCACGGAUGAACGGCGCUUUUGAGGUUCCAACUAUGCAAGAAAUUAUUGAUUUAGCCAAAGGCAUGGAAGUUAGUUACAAGCGUCGUAUCGGUAUUUAUCCUGAAAUCAAACAUCCCAGUCAUUUCCAACGCUUAGGAUUAGCUAUGGAACAACCCUUGGUUGAUAUACUUCACCGGAACGGAUAUCGUGGUCCUGAGGCACCUAUAUACAUCCAAUCGUUUGAAGUAAGCAAUCUGAAAGAACUUAGCAAUAUAACUGGCAUCAGGCUUAUACAAUUAUUUGGAAGCUCAAAGACUUCCCAACCUGUCGACCAGGCACUUCUUGGUACUGGUCUAACCUAUGGCGAUAUGGCCACUGCCCAAGGGCUACGCGAGAUCGCUACAUACGCUUAUGCUGCCGGUCCUGACAAGGGUUAUAUAAUACCUCGUGACCCCAACAAUAAACUUACUACUCCUACUUCAUUCGUGGAAGAUGCCCACGCAGCAGGUCUCAAAAUACAUCCGUACACAUUCCGCGCUGAAAACAUUUUCCUGCCUGCAGAAUUUCAGAGUAGUAAUUCCCCUUCCGAGUUUGGUGAUGCCGCAGGAGAAAUGAAAGCGUUUAUAGAUGCAGGAAUCGACGGUCUAUUUUCCGACCACCCUGACAUAUCGGUGCGAAUAAAAGGAACUUGUUGAUAUAAAAAUUCUAGAAAUACAAAUAUUUAUGUUAUAUCUUAUCUUAA